AUGACACUCGCGACUGUUCCGAAUCAUGAAACAAUAUUGAAUAAUGAUGAAUAUUUUUGUGGAAUUAUUGAACCAUUAAUGGAUUUAUCAUAUCAAUUUAGUGACAACGAAAUGGAAAAGUUGCCUUUACAGUUACAAUAUUACGAUAGAACACGAAUUUCGGAUUUUUCUUUGAUUAAUAAAUUGCUCGAUAUUAUUUAUAAAUUAAUAUCAACAGGAACUGGUCUUGAUUGUUUGUCAAGGAAAGGAAUUUAUGCAGUACUGCGUGAACUUGAUAAAUCAUUGAAUCAUUUAUCACAAAAAAAUAUUUUGUUUAAUGAAGGAAACUUCAAGGAAUAUGGAAGUAAAGAUGAUUGGCAAGAAGAAAGAAUUGGAAAUGAAAUUUGUAAACGAACAGUUCAGAAUGAGAAUAAAAUGAAAUUGAUUGAUGAAAAUUCAGAUUUAUUACAUUUAUUAAUUGGUAUUCUUAUAAAUAGUAGUGAAAAUAUAAAAUAA